AUGAUUGCCGGCGAGGACUGCCACAUCGUGUGCGGCGAUGCAGACCACGACUUCAACUUCCCGGAGACCUGCGUGACCUCCGUUGGUGAGUUCAAGGUGGGCGUUGUUCAUGGGCAUCAAGUGGUGCCCUGGGGUGACAACAACUCUUUGGUGAAGUUCGCCGGCCGGCUGGGUGUUGACAUCCUCGUCACCGGACACACGCACAGGAGCAGCAUCACGGAGCUCGGUGGCAAGUUCAUCAUCAACCCGGGCUCGGUGACGGGAGCCUGCAAUGGCUUGGCGGAGUUCGAUGUGACGCCCUCCUUCAUGCUUAUGGCCGUCCAGGAGAAGUCUGUCGUCCUCUACACCUACGAGCUCAAGGAAGGUCAGACUGAGCCCGAAGUGAAGAUGAACGAAUUGAAGCGGUAA